GAGAACUCGAUCCUAGGCCGACAUGAAAGGGGACGCCGGGUGGUACUAUCAAAGUGCAAGCCAAAACGACUGGGACCUCAACGCCGUCGUGCGCUACGCGUGCGGCGGCCGCGUCUCGCAGCCGCGGCCCUCGGACGACCCCUUUGCUUCCUUCCUGCCACCGGCGCAGGAGCCGGUGCCGGCCCCGACGCCGGACGUGACGACGCUGGGCGCCGGGCCGUCGUCGCUUCUCCCUGAUCUGACGCCGAACAACGACGAUCCGCUUGCUGUCGUGGACGAGCUCUCCAUCGCCUACUUGGUCACGCAGUCGCAGCUGGCACUGCAGCCUCCUCCUCCUCAGCCGCCGCAGCCACCCGUAGCGGUCGUGCAGCCGCAGCAAGACGACGCGGCGCCAGUGCCACCGCCGGUGCCGCAGAUCACCGUCGGGCAAGCGUCCGGGGUCGAAAGGCCAAGAUCCAAGAAACAGUAUGUGACUAAGAAGAGGCAUGCGAAGAAGGUUGUGAAGAAGCGCGUGGCGGUGGGGGAAGCGUCGGAGGCGGACCCAUGGGCGUGGCGCAAGUACGGGCAGAAGACCGUCAAGGGGUCCCCCUACACGCGCAGCUACUACCGCUGCAGCACCGCCAAGGAAUGCGGUGCGCGCAAGAUUAUGGAGCUCUGCCCCACCGACCCGGACACCCUCAUCCUCACCUACACCGGCGCCGACCACAACCACCCGCCCCCACUCCACCGCAACUCCCUCGCCGGCACCACGCGCAACAGGCAGCAGCGUCGUCACCACCUUCCGUCCCCCCCUCGUCAGCACGCAGAUCGGCAGAGCCCGGGGCCGUCGACUUCGCCGUCCACGGAGAUGGAGAUGGAGGACCACACUGAGGACGACGACGACCUGCUCAAGCUCCUGAACGAAGCGACAGACACCGGCGGCCACGACGGAGAGUGGCGUUGACCUUGACCCGUCCGUACAUUUCCAUAUAUAGCAGCAUUAAUUUCAUGCCGUCGAAAAAGAGAAAGCUACUAGUGUUGGAAAUCAUCGUUUCGUUACAGCCUUUUAAUCCGUAUAUUCUAGCUAGCUAGAACUCCAGUGAUCAAGUGCCGCCCAGUAGUAUCGAUCCGCCUAGUGUAAUUAAGUGCUAAUCUUAGCUCUGGAUCAGUAGUACUGUACUAGUACUAGGAGAGUGUUCGUUGCUGGCCUAAUUACAUUAAGUUUACCGCAUGUUAUUAGUAUAAUUUAGCCCCAACUCAGAGAUAACCUUUUUAUCUAUACAUCAGUUCUUCUCUUU